GGAGAAGCGCUUCAGUAGUUCACUCUCGUCAGCGUUUUUACUAGAGCAAUUAGCAGCAAUAUCAAUUGUUCGGAAUGGAGCUCUGUACAUCCCUCGCCAUCUCCAACCUUUCCCAGAAAAGACUCUUUGCUCCAAGUUCCUCUCCGCUAGGCUUUACAGCUUCUCUGCCUCCCAAGAAAACCACAAUCUCUUACAGAAAUUCAGGAUUGCUCAAUUUCUCUUCCCCUCUGCUGAGAGCAACAACCUCUGAAGAAACUUCAACUAGAAUAGAUGGGAAGUCAAGAGAAGAGAGUGAUGGAGUAAUAACAAUGGAGGAAACUCCAGCAAAUGGAAUAAGGGGUCCGUAUGAAGGAAUGCCUUCAGAAGAAUCCAAAGAAGCGCCUACUGGGGAACAGAUGCAGAUCUUUGAGCUUUUGGACAAGCUUAAUGUAAAGUUGGAUUCAGAAGAUACAUCCCCACUUCUCCUAUAUGGAAGUGGUGCUUUGGUCGUGCUGUGGUUAACAUCAGCCUUGGUCGGUGCUGUUGAUUCUAUUCCUCUGUUUCCAAAGCUGUUGGAAGUUGUGGGCCUUGGCUACACAAUCUGGUUCAGUUAUCGUUAUCUGAUCUUUAAGAAAAAUAGAGAGGAGUUGUUUGCGAAAAUAGAAGAGCUUAAGCAGGAGAUUCUCGGGUCGACCCGCGAUUGAUCUGCCUGGAGUUGGUGCUAGUAACCUUUCCAUACACUUUUUUGGUUUGUUGGUUUUGUGAAGGGAACCAUA